AUGACGGAUAAGGAGAAAGGUCUCGCCAAUCUCAAACGAAAACGUGCUACAAUUAAGACUCAAUUAACGAAGUUUAAUACAUAUCUGGGAGGAUUCGUAGUUAAUAAAGAAACGUUAGCGCAACUUCGUAUUCGCCUAGAGAAAAUCGAGCAAUUGUGGAAUAGCUAUAGCGACGUUCAAGAACAAAUAGAAGGAUUGGCCACUCGCCAUCAUACUCGUGCGAUAUUCAGCUUGAAGCCAAUUGAAAAGGAAUCUAGCAGCCAACUACGUAACCUAACCGACUGCCUAAAGCAACAUCUAGAAGCUUUAAAGGCGCUCAACACUAGUGAGAAUGCGAGUAAGGGCGAAAGUGAAAAGGGAGCUGAGAAAAAAGUAGAGGAAAUUAAGAGUGUACCAGCAGCGAACUCUGUAGUAACGUGUGCCUCUAAGAGCACAAGCUCCGAAAUCUUGUUAUCUACCGCAUGGGUGCAUAUAGUUGACAGGAAAGGCAAGUUGCACAAUGCUCGUGCUUUAUUAGAUAACGGUGCAACUCUCAACUUCAUAACUUCCGAUCUGCUUAACAAAUUAGACUUAGAGCCAAAGAAAGUUGAAGGUAGAGUAACCGGAUUUCAAAGAAAUACAACUUUUACAAGGGAAAUGGUAACUGCGACUGUCAAAUCAAAAUUGUCCAAGUAUUCAGAGACUUUAACCUUUACAGUGAUUGAUCAGAUUACUAGCAGAAUUCCAGGGAAUCGAGUAGAGGUAUCCCAAUUACAAAUCCCUGAAUCUAUUUCCCUUUCACAAUUGGCUGAUCCAACGUUCAACGUGCCUCAAAAGGUGGAUAUGUUACUUGGCGCAACGGUGUUUUGGAGCAUUCUACAACAAGGAAGAAUUCAACUUAGCAAUGAACAGCCGGUGUUUCAGAAAACCAGCCUAGGAUGGAUAUUAGGAGGGAAACUUACGCUUAUAGGAACAAACCGAACUAGUAGAAUUUGCUGCACAAUAACCAAUGGAGAUCUAAAUGAGCAAUUGGAAAGAUUUUGGGAGAUCGAGCGAUGUGAGCUAGAGAGAAAUCUGACGCCGGAAGAGGUGGCCUGUGAGAAGCAUUUUGAGUCGACUACCUAUCGGGAUGAAAACGGGAGAUUCGUGGUAUCUCUGCCAUUAAAGGGCGAGAUCAAGAGCUUGGGUGACUCCGAGUAUAACGCAAUGAAGAGCUUAAAAUCCAUGGAGCGAAGAUUUGCGAAGGAUCCGAUAUUACAUCAAAGAUAUUUGGAUUUCCUACAGGAAUAUGAGAGUAUGGGUCAUAUGGAGUUAGUUCCUGAGAAUCAAGAGGACCCAGACGUUGUAUAUUACUUGCCUCACCAUGGAGUUACACGCAAAGAAAGUGAUACAACUAAACUCAGAGUAGUGUUUAACGCAUCUUGCCGAACGUCCUCGGGAGUUUCAUUAAAUGAUUUGCUGAUAGUGGGACCCGAGACACAACCAGAGCUUUCAGACCACUUGCUGCGGUUGCGUCAGGACGAUUAUGUCUUAACGGCAGAUAUAGUCAAAAUGUUCCGUCAGAUUAAGAUCGCACCAAGAGAUAGAGCAUUGCUGAGGAUUCUUUGGAGAAAGAACAUUCAGGCUCCAAUCCGCAAGAAACAGCUAACAACGGUGACAUAUGGGACAGCGUCAGCUGCAUAUCAAGCAAAAAGAUGUCUUAAACAAUUAGCAAUUGACAACGCCAAGGCAUAUCCAGAUGCUGCAAAAUCAAUAGAAGAGGACUUUUAUAUGGAUGACUGGGGGACUGGAAGUAAAUCAGUGAAGCGAUUACAACAACGAAAGCAGGAAGUGACACAGAUUCUAGCAUCGGCAGGGAUGGAACUGCAAAAAUGGCACUCCAACGCAUCGGAGCUACUACCAAGCUCGGAAAGGGAAGUUCCUCUUACUUCAAGAGAAGAGACAAAGACGCUCGGAAUUCGUUGGAACCCCCAAGAAGAUACAUUCAUAUUCAAGGUGGCUAUACCUGCUGGACCUUGUAGGUCUAAACGUAGUAUCCUUUCCGUUAUCGCACAAAUCUAUGAUCCGAUGGGCCUUAUCGGACCGGUAGUAGUGAAGGCUAAGCUAUUCAUGCGAAGAUUGUGGAAAUUGAGUAUCGAUUGGGAUGACAAGAUACCUGUCGAAUUAAUGCUUGAGUGGAAUUCUUACAAGGAGAGACUCGAAGCAAUGGAAGAGAUUAAAAUACCAAGGCAGGCAGUAACAAGGGAAGCAGUACAAAUAGAGAUGCACGGAUUUUGUGAUGCGUCUCAGUCAGCUUAUGGCGCGUGCAUUUAUUUAUGUUCGAUUGAUGCAAAGGGGAACAAAACAGCAAGACUGUUAACUUCAAAGUCGCGCAUAGCUCCACUGAAGAUUCUUUCCAUACCAAGGUUGGAAUUAUGUAGUGCAGUACUGCUUGCAAAACUUGCUUGUAAGGUAAGGAAGGCUCUUACACUUCAAAUCCACAAAUACCUUUAUUGGACCAAUGCGAGCAUCGUCAUCCACUGGAUAAGAGGUGACCCAGAUAAGCACAAGGUCUUUGUAGCAAAUCGUGUAACAAUUAUACAAGGGCUGACACGGCAAGAUGAAUGGCGACACGUGCGUACAAAAUCAAACCCGGCAGACAUAAUUUUGUGGGGUAUUGAUCCUCGAGAAUUGCCAAAAUCGGAAAUGUGGUGGUCAGGACCUCCUUGGCUAAGAGCAAGCUCGGAUCAAUGGCCUAAUGAUGUCAUUAAGGAAAUCCCCGAAGAAUUGCAAGAGAAAUCGCGCAGAACUGUCCUUGUAACGGUUCAAGAGGAUGAAGAGAAUCUGUUGGAAAGAUUCUCAUCGUUAUCAAAGUUACGGCGGAUAGUUGCGUAUUGCUAUAGAUUCGUAGAAAACUGUCGUAAGCAGGCAUCGCAACGCCGCUUUGGACCGUUAAAGGUGGAAGAGUUGACAGCAGCUAACACUGCGCUGGUCAAGAUGGCACAACGACAAGCAUUCGCUCGAGAAAUUUGGGAUAAAGGUAACAAGGGGAAGGUUUCUCGGAACAGCCGCAUCCUGUCUCUGAAUCCAUUCGUGGACGAAGGGGGAGUAUUGCGAGUGCGCGGACGGCUGAUGAACGCAGCACUUAGUUAUGAUCAGCGAUUUCCCAUUAUCCUUCCAGCAAAACAUCCCUUUUCCACUCUACUCAUCAUAGAAAUGCACUACAAAAAUUUGCACGCAGUUUCGUGCAAGGAUUCUGGAAACGUUGGACGCGAGAGUAUGUUACCCAGCUUCAGUCUCGACAAAAAUGGAAAGAAACACUGCACAAUCCUCACCUCAAGAAUUGUAGUAAUACUGUUGAAAGCCAAGCCUUUCAAGGCGGGCAGGAUGUUGAGAGCUAGGAAGUUUGAAUUGAGCCGAGAGAAGGGGGGCAGCACGAGCGGGAAGCGAGCGGAUAGAGCGGCGCAAGAAGGGACGAAGAAGGCGGGAGUCAGUCGUUGGACGGUAGCCAUGUAG